CAAAGGCCCGUAGCCAAAUCAUUAUUCUCUCUUUCAUCGGUCUAUUUAGACUCCAGACUCCACAGAAAGCGAGCGAGACUGAGAGAGAGAGCAAUGAUGAGUUCAAGCAGCGUGUUGAAGUCGGCUUCCAUUCUAUUUUUCUUCGUUCUCUUGUCAUCAGUCUUCGCCAAGAAAUCUGGCGAUGUAACAGAGUUACAGAUCGGCGUGAAGCAUAAGCCGGAGACUUGCGAGUUUCAGGCACACACAGGGGAUAGGAUUAAAGUACACUAUCGGGGAAAGCUGACAGAUGGAACUGUUUUUGACUCCAGCUUUGAAAGAGGAGAUCCAAUUGAGUUUGAACUUGGCAGUGGUCAAGUUAUCAAAGGAUGGGACCAGGGGCUGUUAGGAAUGUGUGUAGGUGAGAAGAGGAAGUUAAAAAUUCCUGCAAAACUUGGUUAUGGUGAUCAGGGUUCCCCACCUACCAUCCCAGGUGGAGCAACACUGAUAUUUGACACAGAGCUUGUUGCUGUGAAUGGGAAACCUUCUAGCGGAGAGGAAGCAAGUGACGAGGAGGAAGCAAGUGACAGUGAGCUAUAGCCUAUAGAUACUGACAGGAGAGUUUCUCAUUUUCUUCUUGUUACUUUUCGUUCGUAGACUAAAACAUGUUCACUGUUCCUAAUCAGAUUAGACUAUAUGUCUCUUUGAACCAUAUAAAAUAAUGGCCUGUGGCUAUUGGCAAACUUUCUUAUCUUGUCUGUAAUAGUGUGAGAACUUUUUGAUUUGAGCAAUUUAACUCAAGUUGUUGUGUUGCA